GUAGUAGGAAGAACUACCAGUAACAAGCAGUAGUAUCCGGUAGUAGCUGAAGUGACUAGUAGCAGAACACAGUGAAAAGUUAAAGUGAAAUAGAAAAAGUUUAGCUAGCCGAAAAAGGUCGUAACUGAAAAAUCGCAGUUACACAUAGUCGGAAAAAGUGGCAACUGAAAAUUCUCAGUUGCAUAUAGUGAAAAAGUGUUGGCUAGCUGAAAAAAGUGGUAACGGAAAUUUCGCCGUUACAUAUAGUGAAAAGUGUUAGCUAGACGGAAAAAGUGGUAACUGAUAUUCGCAGUUACAAAAGUGUUAAAUUCAACUAAUUUUAGUUGAUUAAUAGCUGCUAGUCAGUAGUGUUAGAAAACCAGCUGCUACCAAUAGAAAUAUUUGAUACUACCAAUAGAAAUUUGUUACUCCCAAUAGAUAUUCAAAAUUACCAAUAGAAAUAGUAGAGAAUACCAAUAGAAACUUGUUACUGCCAAUAGAAAUUUGAUAUUACCAACAGAUAUUUUGAAAAUACGAAUAGAAAUUUUAAAAAACCAAUAGAAAUUUUAAUAUUACUGUGUGUUUAAUUAAAUCUGUGUUUUGAAAUAUAUAGUGAACAAUCAUAGUUAAAAAACAGUGUUAAAUAAAUAAAUAAGUUAUAAUAUUUCACAACUAAUUAAUCAGUCGAACCGCUGGCCACUCCCUUGCUAUUUUGAUUUAUAAAUCGUGCAUUUUAAUUCUGAACCUCAGUCCACAGUUCUCCAACAGCAUACACAAAGGCGGUAGUGAAAGUAUCCACCGGAACCUAUAGGUGUAGGACGUGAGCGGCUCGCGGAGUAUCUUCGACAACAUUUACUCCGGAGAGUUACGCCCGUCCGGCACAGUCAUUUUGUAGAUCUCUCAAAACAAUUGUUUUUUAAGUGUUAUUUAUAAGAACUAUAUAUCUAAUUUUCUAAAAAAAAAUAUUAGAACUAGUCUCGUUACUAAAUUACGCUUCUAUAAAAUAAGAGUAUUUAGUUAAAAUGACGAGUUUCCGCCAUGAUGCGUCGUAUUUACUACAGUAUAUACCUGUGCCUGUGUCGUGUCCGUGACUCUUGCCCUACUGUAUUAUUUUUAAAAUUUGAGUGUUUACAUUUAUAUAGAAAAGUUUGUCGAGUUUUUUUAUACAAAGGGUAAGUAAUUACAUUGUUUUUUAAAAAGUUUUGCUUAUAUUUCGUAUUUUAACAAUUUUUAUUCAAUUUAUAAAAUUAGCAUUUCAAAUACCGUCGUUCACGUAUGAAAUAAAGUACUCAGAAUUAACUGAAAAUGAAAUAUAAAGUGUAAAUAAUCACCAUAAAUCAUGAAAAAAACACAGAAACUCAUAUUUUAUACAGUCCAAUGUGAAAAAAUUACGUUUUAUAUUAUAAUUUCGAUAUAUCGUGAAAAUUAUGGCAAAAUUAUUUUCAACAAAAAUGGCGUAAACAAUACAUAAACAACAAAUAAAUAUAUACCUAUGAUUGAUUUUAUUUCGAUUUAUUAGAGGCUCCUACUGAGUGUUUAUUAUUACGAUGUCGAUAUAAUUUUAUGUUAUAUAUUUCUUUUCUUUAUGAAAUUUCGAGUGUUUUUUUUUAUAUAGUAGUUAGAUAUUUGAGUGUAGAAUUUAGUAUUUCAUAAUUCAUAUAUAUAAAUUUUAUAAACUUUGAAAUGAAAUGAAAUGAAAGUUUAUUGUUUCCAACAUAUUCUAUUAGUAUAAGUUUGAGGACUUCUUUUAAGUAUAAAGAUACUUGUGGUAGAACGUCCUCGCCCUCCCUUAACUAAAUACAUUCAACAAAAAAAGAAACAGGGUGUGUGUAUGUGUACGCGCGCGCGCGUGUGUGUGUAUGUAUGAAAAAAGACAGUGAGUGAAUGUGUUAUAAGCUUAUAAGAUAAAUUAUAAUACGGCUCCGUGGCGCAGUGGCUUAGCAAUGAGUUGUUGUGCUGGGGGGCGCGGGUUCGAAUCCCGCACGGAACAAGUAUUUGUAUGGCCUACAAAUAAUUGUUCCGGGUCUGGAUGUUUGUCCUUAUGCAAUUUGUGUUUGUAAACUGCCUCCACGAUACAGGAGAAAAUCCUAGUGCGGGGGUAACGUUUUUUAAAAAAAAAAUAAAAAAAAAUUGUAAUAAAGCUUCAGUUUGAUCGUAAUUGUCUUAAGCCACUGCAUUAUUUUUUUCUUACAGUCAUAUGUCUUUAAUGGAUAUAUUUGCAAUAUUUUAUUAAUCUGAUUGUAUAAAUGUUCUGAUUGCUUGUUAUAUUGAUGUUUCGCAAAGGUGGUUUUCAUUCUCCAAAUAGGAACUACGCUAUAAUUUCUUCUUUUACUACUGUAAAUAGGAUUAAAAGCCAAAGAUUUAUGUUUUUUCAAUACAGUGUGUAAUAUGUACAACUGCCUCACCGAAAUCAGCCCACUUGAUGCAUACAAAAAGCUAGUGGAGUACCUGUACAGUAUAAAAUGCAUAACCUUUAGUAGACAUCUCUGAGCUCUUUCAAUUUCAAUAAAUUUACUUUUGUAAGUACCCCCUCAAAUUGGUAUACAAUAUAUUAUAUAUAUAAUAGAUAUAAUAGAUUGAGCUAGCGCUACAUAUAUUUGAUUCAAAAGAUCUAAACUGGCAACAUGUCUUAAAGUUUUAAAUAUCCAAGUGAGCUUUCGAAUUCUACUCGAUACUAUUUCAACAUGUCUGUACCAGGAAAGUCGCUGAUCCACCACAACGCCAAGAUACUUUGUAUAUGAAACUUUUUCUAUGUAAACUUUGUCUUCUUACUCUUUUCGAUUUUCAUGAAGACACAAAAUGUUCACAUGUGUGUACUACAUACAUUUUCAGAAAAAUGGCGGAAUUUGAUAUCUUAUGCUGUGACUCAACGAGGGCGAUCUCAGCGAAGAAGGGGAAGAAACAUUUUCACAUAAUAAUUUUGCGAAAUGUUCAUCCAGAAGUGGUCGUUGUCGUUGAGCGGUUAGAUGAGGAGAACGGCAAUGAGUACUUGUUGGCAGACCAGCAUGAAGUAUAUCAUGAGGAGGUGGUGGCGAGUUCGAGUGGUGGUGCUGUGCGAGGCGUGUGGUUCCCAGCGACGGCAGCAGCAGGCGGGCGUCAGGCACGAGGCGGCCGCCGCGCCCUCCUCUCCGCCUCCUCAUCGUGUCAUAUAAUAUUAAUAAUAUUUUGUAUUUAAUUUUUUUGAAUAAAUAGAAUACAAUACAUUUUAUUCAAUACGGAUAACACUUAUUGAAAGUC